AUGAUUUUGAGAACUCCACCGCCACCGAAGAGACCACGCGGCGGCGGCGAUGUGGACGGGGACGGCAAUGGACAGCUGGUCAUCUACGAGGAUCCGCCGGAGUCAUCUCAGGAACCCUCGGCUUCGGAGCACAUGCUCUGCACCUAUCAGUGUCGCCAGAUGGUCAAAUCGGAAUUUAUUGAUGCCUUAAGCAAAGCUGAAAAUCAAGCCCGUGAUUAUCAAUCAAAAUUUGAGACAUUGGAGGAUAAUUUCCAAAAAGUUGAAUCCGAGAGGAAGAAAUUUCUGGACCAAUUCUUAUAUGCCGAACAGGAACUCGCAGCUGCAAAAGGGCGUGAAGAGGCACUCCAAGAACAACUUUUGAAAGAGGUCACGGAGUCCCAAGAACGAUUAAGAAAACAAAUCCAAUUAAGCAGCGAACUCCAGGUUAAGCUCCAGAAUGAGACAAACCUUCGCAAAAAAGCUGAGUCUCAUGCUUCUUCAGCAGAGGAGAAAGCAACAUCUUUAGAAGGAAAGCUAGGCCAUCUCUCAGAAAGUAUAGAGAGGGAAAAAAAGCGACUGCAUGACGAGCAUUCACAAUUGAAAAGUGACUCAAAGUUAUCUAUUUCUAGAAUAUCUGCUAAUCUUGAACAAAUGGAAUGCAAAGCUAAUAAUGCUGAGAGAGAAGCAGAGCUGCUAAAAGAACAACUGAAACAUCUCAAGGAUCAACUUGAUGAGUGUUUGCAUCAGAAGAUUGAAGUUGAAAAAAAACUAUCUACUUUGAUGUUUCAAGAAGUUGCUUCUACAGAGAGUAAUGUUUUAGUCAAACAUUUGCAACAGGAGCUUCGGAACUAUGAAUCUGAAGUAAGGGAAGCACGGAAACUAAGAUCAAGUCAUGAGAACGUUGACCUUUUGAAGGAGAAAUUAUUGGAGGAAAAGCGUCACCGCGAAAGGGCAGAAUCAGAGCUAUCCAAGUUACAGGAUAUCCAGUUAAACAUGAAAAAGUUAGAGGAUCAAAUAUCAUCAUGGAGAAUGAUGAUUACAGAUUUACCUGGUGUCUCAUGUUUUGAAGACUUGCCUGUUAAAUUUGCAGCUUUACAGAAAGAAGUCAUUUAUAGCACACAAAAGGAGGGUGAGAUAACUGCUCGCUUGAAACAAAUGGAGGUGGCUCUGGAUGCUGCUGAAAUUGGUAAACAAAAUGCUGAAACUGAGGCUGCAUUGGCUAAAGAGAAGGCAGAUGUAUUGAUAUCAGAAAUUAAAAGAAUUGAAUUAAGGCUUGCUAUUGCUACUGAGGAAAGGAAUAAAUUAAGAAAUGUUGCCAAUUUGAAGAAUGUUGAAACUCAGGAUGCAUCAAAAAAUGAACCUGAAUCAUUUCUUAUGAAGCAAGACGAUUGCAUUAAAGAAUUAGAAAGUACCUUGCAUGACCAGAGACUGAUUAAUAAUCGUCAAUUAGAGGAAAUAAAGUUACUUAAUGAAAAAUUGCAUGGUGAAGCAAGAAAAGUGAAGUCAUUGGAGAGGGAGAGUGACCGACUCCGGUCAGAGAUUUCAUUACUAGAGGCAAAGUUGGGUCAUGGUGAUUUUUCUGCUGCUAAUACAAAAGUUCUGCGGAUGGUGAACACACUUACUGUCGAUAAUGAGGCCAAACAAACCAUAGAGGCACUGCAAACUGAGCUGCAAAAAACGAAAGAGAAGUUAAAAGCUGUGGAAGAAUUGAAAAGUCAAACAGGAGAAUCUGGAAAGCUGGUAGAUAGCUAUAUAUCAGAUAAGAUCUUGAAAUUAAAAGAGCAAAUUGCAACACUUGAGAAGCGAGAAGAAAGAUACAAGACUGUGUUUGCAGACAGAAUUUCGGUUUUCCGGAGGGCAUGCUGUGAGCUUUUUGGCUAUAAGAUUGUGAUGGAUGAACACCAGCGACCAAAUGGAAUACCUGUGACACGAUUUAUCUUGCAAUCCAUUUAUGCACUAAGUGAUGAUGAGAAGCUUGAAUUUGAAUAUGAAUCAGGGAAUACUAACAUUUUGGCAAAUCAUUAUACAUCUCUUCCUGAGGUUUCUCAUCAGGUGGAGAUAUUCGUUCGGAAGAUGAAUUCAAUUCCUGCUUUCACUGCCAACUUAACGGUGGAGUCUUUCAAUAAAAGAACCCUGUCUUAA